GAGUAAAAGAUGGCGGACGGAGGUAAAGGGAAAGAAGAAGACAGAACAAGGAGGAAUUUCUCAGCUGAAGAGAGUCACCAAGAAACUGAUGACGAAAUAUUAGAGAGACAAUAUUUUUGGAAAGUCGUGGAAGCAUUUCUAUAUUACAAGGAUUUUUCUCUACGGAAGCUGCAAAGGGUCAAGACGAACUUCAAAUUACUUCCUAAAAGACAUCGGGAAAUGCUUCCAAAUUAUAAAGAUCAUAUAUUAAAAAUAGAGAAAUGUAUUGAGGAGAAUCAGAAGUUCUUAUUCGAUAUCGUCAGCCACACCAGUGAAAUGUUUGAAAAUAGAAAUCAUGCAAGAAUUCCAUCAGCUCCUAGUGACCCAGCAAACCAACCAAUCAGUGGGUUUGACAUGGAAAAAGUAACAACAACGCUGAAACAGUUUGUGAGAGACUGGAGUGAUGAGGGAAGAGCUGAACGUGAUGCUUGUUAUAAACCUAUUACUGAAGAGAUCCAAAGACUUUUUCCAGGAUCAGAAUGUUCUAGAGGAGGGGUGUCCAUCCUUGUACCUGGAGCAGGUUUAGCAAGACUGAUGUUUGAUAUUGCAAAACUUGGUUACAGAUGUCAAGGGAAUGAAUGGAGCUUAUACAUGCUAUUUGCCUCACACUUUAUAUUAAACAGAGCCCCUGGCACGUAUCAUAUUACAAUAUACCCGUAUAUACACCAGACCUGCAAUAACCGAACAUCAGCUGAUCAGAUACGCGCAGUUCAGAUCCCAGAUGUGGACCCAUCUGAUAUUCCACCCAACCUCAAUUUUUCAAUGGCUGCUGGAGAUUUUUUAUAAGUUUACACUGAGAAAGAAUCAUGGGACUGUGUGGUAACCUGUUACUUCAUUGACACAGCUCAUAAUGUCAUCGCUUUCAUCGAAAAUAUUGAAAAAAUCUUAAAGCCUGGUGGCUACUGGAUUAAUCUUGGUCCACUAUUGUAUCAUUUUGCUGACAUGGCAAAUGAAUGGUCUGUGGAGUUACCGUACGAUGAGAUCAGAAGAAUUGCUACGGACCACUUCAAAUUUGAAAUACUUAAAGAAGAGACCAGUAUUCCAUCGGGAUAUAUUGAAAAUCAACGAUCCAUGCUGAAGCUGGUUUAUGAUAGCGUGUUUUUUGUCGCUCGUAAACCUCUCUGACAUAAGCGAAAAUGUCCAGUAAACUUAUUCUGAUAUUCACGUACCAUCAUGAACUGAUUUUGAAUGCCAAGGCCAUAUUCGUUUAUGACAACAAAUAGUUUAAUCAAUAAAUCCAUCAGUUUUUUAAU